AGCUGGCUCGUAGCAGUGUUGGCAAGCCGUUUGGGGGCCUUUGGGCAAUGACAAGUGAAUUGCUGCAGGAUGUGCGAAGGCCAUCGGACAAUGACCUGGGUGCUCGCUGCCUAUGAUUUGCCAAACUGGCCAUGGGGUGUGGCUGUGUUUCGCAACACCAGGUGGGCAUCCCUGGUGGUGGUCCUCGCCAGUUCCUCUACACAGCGACGGACAAGGAGUUUGUACGAUCCCUGGAGAAGGAGGAGCUCAAGGACAAAAAGCUGCUGCUGAUGUACUUUCGGUUGGACAACGAGGGGCACUUCGUUGUGACCGAUGGAUUCAGAGACUUAGUCCGGAGAAAGGGAGUGCCAGACAGGUAUCGUUGGCGAGCCUGGAGAGCACUUACAGGAUGGAGUGCCUUGUCCAAGCCAGGCUGGUACGAGAGGACAAUGCGGAAAACUCCAGAUGGCAAAACUGUCGAAGCAAUCGACAAAGACCUCGACAGGACCUUUCCGGGCCUGGAGGACUUCGACGACAGGAAAAAGAGAGAACUAGCCGAGAUGCUUCGGGCUCACGCAGGCCUCUUCCCCAGUGUGGGCUAUUGCCAGGGUAUGAAUUUCGUUGCUGGCUUCAUCCUUAUGAUUGCUGGACGUGUUCCAGAUGCUCCCAAGGAUGCAUUCUUCCUUCUGGUGCAGAUUAUGGUGAAGUAUCGGGCGAACCUCUUGUUUUGCGAUGGCCUUCCGCUCUUGAAGCUGCAUACGUUUCAAUAUCGAAUGCUUCUGCAAAGGCUUUUUCCAGAUGUCCAUCGCCAUUUUCAAGAUCAGCAGAUCACCCCGGAGUUGUACCUUACAAAGUGGAUUUUGACUAUUUUCACACAGCCUUUGAGCUUCUCAUCAGCAGCGCGCGUUUGGGAUCUCAUUGUUUGCGACGGGCUACAGGCGGUGGUUCUCAUUGCUUUGGCAAUUGUCAAGCUGCGGAGAUCCAGGAUUCUCCAAGAAGACACGGAAGGUAUUCUAGAUAUGAUGAGCAUGCGCGCUGGAGAGCCGCUUGCAGGAGGAGAGAUCGUCAAAGCAGCAUUGGCACUCGAAUUGCAGAUUGCGCCUGGCAGCAUCAGCGAUGGAACAGGUGUGAGGCCCAGCAAGCUUUUCACAGAGUGGGAGGCAGCUUGCCCUUCUGAAGUUGCAGAUUUUCAGAGGGCAGAGGCCGAGAUUUGUGCAAGUCGGGAUGACUGGUACCAAUCAGAGACUUCCCAUGACUCUGAAGCAAACAGUGCUGGCGAAGGAGUCAUGUGUGAUAGCCCUGGUGAUGACGACAUCCUUGAACCUGAUAGGUCAGGGAGGCCACACGAUGGCGGUGCAGCUGCAGUUUCUGCUCUGCAGGAACUUCCAUUAACUGGAGAUGAAAGUGGUCAAGUGUCUCAGCAUACGAUAGCAGCAGAGGCCAAGGUUGCGGUGAACCCAUCGAUGCCGCUCCGAAAGCCAUCAAGGUCAACACCCUCCAGAGGCAAUGGCGGCAAACGCAUUGAAAGUGAUCGUGGUCGAACACCUGGAAACGUUCCGAAGCGCUCAUCCUCGCUUGGUUGCCUGGUAGGGCCACUCCAGUCAGGGGGGCCUCUAGCAAGCGAUGGGGACCCACUUUGGAAUUCUCCAAAGUUCGUCAAAAGUAGCUCUGUCAAGAAACUCGACCAAACUGAAGCCCGAAAGGACGAGGCUUUGCACCGUCGGACACAAGCCAAUGCAGGUCGUGAGCCUGGGGCCAGAACUCUCAAGGCAUCAGGGUCUCCUCCAGCACCUGCUCCCGACAUACGUCGGGGAGGCAACCGAACUCCGGUGCGGGCAGCAAGCGGAUCGUGGAGUCCCGGUUCCAUUGGCCGAAGUCGCAGCGGACUUGAUUUGGAGGUUGCGGAUGAACAUCGAGGUCUGGAAUGCAAGGCCAUUCCACUAGCCCGAAAAUCACGAACAUCUCCCAGUGCUGGGAACAAGCCUUCGACUGCACCUUCCCCGGCUAUGAGCUCCCGAGAAGUUCUUGAGGACCUCUCAAUGCAUGGGCGCACUUGGCCAGAACGUAUGGCUGGCUUGAUCGGCGAGGCAAGCACUGGUGCUGCGACAAUGCCAGACCCUUUUGCCGGCACAAGGGGUGAGAGCACCGAGCGCAGUGCGAGCAAAUCGCAUGGCAGGGAUGCUGAGGACCGACGAGUGCGCAGCUUGUCGCCCAGACCUGGAGACCGCAGCCAAUCCCCAUUGGAUGCUGGAAGGAUGCGGCAAGAGGUUCAGGCCUCUCCAGCCAGAUCAAUGACGCGACAGGUGCCAGACCGCCCAGAAAGCGACCGCAGAUUUGGACAGCAGAGCGAGGGGCAUGCGACCACAGUGCGAUCAGAAGGGCGCUGGAUGUUUCAUCGAGAUGGCAUCGAAGAAGAGCAUGAGCUCGAGCCAGCUUCAGGGGAAGGCCACCCGCCCAGUCCAUCGGGGAGACGAACAGCUUGGCACAAUCCACCCAGUGCUGCGUGGGGUUCGCCACACAACGCAGUGGGUGGGGCUGAAGCUGAUCCUGGUGUUGAGGAGAUUUCUUUGGAAACAAGGUAAUGGCGUUCUUGGAGGUGCAGUCAGUACAGUGCUGAUCACAGUGCUGAUUAAUCUCCUGACCCUUGGUUGGGAGCUUACAAGGGAGGCUGCCCAUUUCCAGGCUGAGGAUGACCUUGGUGACUCAGCGAAUGUGAUGUUGAUAGGUUUUGUGCUGGCAUUGUCAUAGGUUGCACAGCUCAAAGCAGGAAAAGCACAAGCACAAGGCUUGCGUGUACAGAAUUGUGGCAAAAUGUUUGAGAGUUUCACGUUUCACACAGAUGCUCGCAGCAAUCAAGUC